AUGUCGCUAGUGGAAGAUACCAUGAAGGCAAGCAAGAAGGAGGAGCCAGCUGGCACCAUGGAGGGUGCCGCUGAUCGCGGCGAUGCUAGGGAGAGCGCCGCCUCGGAGUCCACGAACGCCGCAGGAGGGGCACCGUGGACCGGGAGUGCGCAGGACGGGAAGUACCUGCGCGAACCUGUUCGAGAGUCUGGCCCGUCAGGGCGACACAGCGGCGAAGCAGGAGAAUUGUCCCCCAGGAGGUGAGAGUAGCCGCUGCUCACAACCAAGAUUAAAGUAGUGCCAUGGGAGAUGGUGGUGUUGCUGUUGGCUUUGGAUACGGAGCCACAACCCCAGCGACGGGGUACCAAAGUGUGCGGUACACUUCUCCUCCGUUCAGCGGGAAAUCGAAAGAUUUCAACGAAUGGCUAAAUGAUUUCCGCAUGGCAGCUAAUGGCGCAAACCUGUUGGAACAAUUUGAAGAGAGCGGGAGCUUGGAGAUCCCCGUCAACAGCGGAAAGAGCAAGUUUUCGCUGUCACAGCAGUACCGGAGCGAGCAAGUAGAGCUCGCAUUCCACACGUGGAACGAUCUGUCUCACGCGUUGAAAGAAAAAGAUCGACAAAUCAUGAAGAGGGCAGAGACGCCCCAGGGAGCUCUUCGUGAGCUCAAGACCAUACACGACCCUGAAUCAUCUGUACAGCCGUCAGAGGACCUCAAGUCCAUGACGUCGACCAAG